AGGCGAUGCCCGAGCACGGCUGGAAGGCGCCGAGCGGAGGCGAUCUGAGCCUCCAGCCGGGGCAGCGGGGCCGGGGCCGGCGCCGGUGAAGAGCACGGUUUCCUCCGGGCGGAUUCCUCCCCCGGAGCAUCCCCGUCCGCGGCCGCGGGCGCAGCGUCCCCCGGGCGGGGGCGCCGAGGAGGAACAUGGAGCCGGGACCCCCCGAUCGCGCGGGCCGCCCGCAGCCGGCGGGGCCCCGGAGGGCGCGGGCUGGGGCUGGGGCUGCGGGCGGCGGGGGCGCCUCCCUCUGGCCGCCGGCCGGGGGCCGCUGGCUGCUGCGCUACGGCUUCCUCUACCUGGCGCUGUGCGCGCAGGUGUCCCGGUGCAAGCCGUGCGACCGGACCGGCUCCUGCUUCUCCGGCCGCUGUGUCAACGCCACCUGCCUGUGCGAGCCCGGCUGGGUGGGGGACCAGUGCCAGCACUGCCAGGGCAGGUUCAAGUUAACAGAACCUUCUGGAUAUUUAACAGAUGGUCCAAUUAACUAUAAGUAUAAAACUAAAUGUACAUGGCUAAUUGAAGGCUAUCCAAAUGCAGUGUUAAGAUUAAGAUUCAAUCAUUUUGCUACAGAAUGUAGCUGGGAUCACAUGUAUGUUUAUGAUGGAGAUUCUAUAUAUGCACCUUUAAUAGCUGUACUUAGUGGUUUGAUAGUCCCUGAGAUCCGGGGAAAUGAGAGCGUGCCUGAAGUCGUUACAACGUCUGGCUACGCACUGUUACAUUUCUUUAGUGAUGCUGCAUACAACCUCACCGGCUUCAACAUUUUCUAUUCAAUCAACUCGUGUCCCAACAAUUGCUCUGGCCACGGGAAGUGUACAGCGAGCGCCUCCGUUCCCAGCCAGGUGUACUGCGAAUGCGAUAAGUACUGGAAGGGCGAGGCCUGCGACAUCCCCUACUGUAAGGCCAACUGCGGCAGCCCCGACCACGGGUACUGUGACCUCACAGGGGAAAAGCUGUGUGUCUGCAAUGACAGCUGGCAAGGUCCUGAUUGUUCUUUGAAUGUUCCUUCCACCGAGUCCUACUGGGUUCUGCCCAAUGUCAAACCCUUCAGUCCUUCCGUAGGCCGGGCUUCCCAUAAAGCAGUCUUACAUGGGAAGUUCAUGUGGGUGAUUGGUGGAUACAGUUUUAACUACAGUUCUUACCAAAUGGUCCUGAAUUACAACUUAGAAAACAGUAUAUGGAAUGUGGGAACUCUGUCCAGGGGCCCGCUCCAGAGGUAUGGGCACUCUCUGGCUUUGUAUCAGGAAAACAUCUUCAUGUAUGGAGGCAGAAUUGAAACCAGCGAAGGCAAUGUCACAGAUGAGUUGUGGAUUUUUAACAUUCACAGUCAGUCCUGGAGCACAAAAACGCCCACUGUUCUCGGGCACGGGCAGCAGUACGCUGUGGAGGGGCACUCGGCACACAUCAUGGAGCUGGACAGCAGAGAUGUUGUCAUGAUCAUAAUAUUUGGAUAUUCUGCAAUCUAUGGUUAUUCAAGCAGCGUACAGGAAUACCAUAUCUCAUCCAACACUUGGCUUGUUUCAGAAACUAAAGGCGCUAUUGUUCAAGGUGGUUAUGGUCAUACCAGUGUGUAUGAUGAAAUAACGAAGUCCAUUUAUGUUCAUGGAGGUUAUAAAGCAUUACCAGGCAACAAGUAUGGAUUGGUGGAUGAUCUUUAUAAGUAUGAAGUGAACACUAAGACUUGGACUAUUUUGAAAGAAAGUGGGUUUGCCAGAUACCUUCAUUCAGCUGUUCUUAUCAAUGGAGCUAUGCUUAUUUUUGGAGGAAAUACCCAUAAUGACACUUCCUUGAGUAACGGUGCAAAAUGUUUUUCUGCCGAUUUCCUGGCAUAUGACAUAGCUUGUGAUGAAUGGAAAAUAUUACCAAAACCAAAUCUUCAUAGAGAUGUCAACAGAUUUGGACACUCUGCAGUUGUCAUUAAUGGGUCCAUGUAUAUAUUUGGAGGAUUUUCCAGUGUACUCCUCAAUGAUAUCCUUGUGUACAAGCCUCCAAAUUGCAAGGCUUUUAGAAAUGAAGAACUUUGUAAAAAUGCUGGUCCAGGGAUAAAAUGUAUUUGGAAUAAAAAUUAUUGUGAAUCUUGGGAAUCUGGGAAUACGAAUAAUAUUCUUAGAGCAAAGUGCCCUCCUAAAACAGCUGCUUCUGAGGACAGGUGUUACCGAUACGCAGACUGUGCCAGCUGCACUGCCAACACCAACGGGUGCCAGUGGUGUGAUGACAAGAAGUGCAUUUCAGCCCACAGCAACUGCAGCGUGUCUGUGAAAAACUACACCAAAUGCCAUGUGAGAAACGAGCAGAUUUGCAACAAACUCACCAGCUGUAAAAGCUGUUCACUAAACUUGAAUUGCCAGUGGGAUCAGAGACAACAGGAAUGCCAGGCUCUACCAGCUCAUCUUUGUGGAGAAGGAUGGAAUCAUAUUGGAGAUGCUUGUCUCAGAAUUAAUACCAGUAGAGAAAGCUACGAUAAUGCAAAACUUUAUUGCUAUAAUCUUAGUGGAAACCUUGCUUCAUUAACGUCUUCAAAAGAAGUUGAAUUUGUUCUGGAUGAAAUACAAAAAUAUACACAACAGAAAGUAUCACCUUGGGUUGGCUUGCGCAAGAUCAACAUAUCCUACUGGGGCUGGGAAGACAUGUCGCCCUUUACAAACACAACCCUGCAGUGGCUCCCUGGAGAGCCCAACGAUUCUGGGUUCUGUGCCUACCUAGAGAGGGCUGCAGUGGCGGGCUUAAAGGCGAACCCGUGUACGUCGAUGGCGGACGGCCUUGUCUGCGAAAAGCCUGUUGUGAGUCCGAACCAGAAUGCAAGGCCCUGCAAGAUGCCGUGCUCCCUGCGGACCUCGUGUUCCAACUGCACCAGCAACGGCAUGGAGUGCAUGUGGUGCAGCAGCACCAGGCGCUGCGUGGACUCCAACGCGUACAUCAUCUCCUUCCCGUACGGGCAGUGCCUGGAGUGGCAGACGGCCACCUGCUCCCCUCAGAAUUGCUCUGGGCUGAGAACCUGUGGGCAGUGCCUGGAGCAGCCGGGGUGUGGCUGGUGCAAUGACCCCAGUAACACGGGAAGAGGACACUGCAGCGAGGGCUCUUCCCGGGGACCCAUGAAGCUCCUGGGAACGCACAGCAGCGAGAUGGUUCUCGACUCCAGCCUUUGUCCCAAAGAGAAGAACUACGAGUGGUCCUUUAUCCAGUGUCCAGCUUGCCAGUGUAAUGGACACAGCACUUGCAUCAAUAACAAUGUGUGCGAGCAGUGUAAAAAUCUGACCACAGGAAAGCAGUGUCAGGACUGCAUGCCAGGCUAUUAUGGAGAUCCCACCAAUGGAGGACAGUGCACAGCUUGUACAUGCAGCGGCCAUGCGAACAUCUGCCACAUGCAUACGGGAAAAUGCUUCUGCACCACCAAAGGGAUAAAAGGUGACCAGUGCCAACUAUGUGACUCUGAAAACCGCUAUGUUGGCAAUCCACUUAGAGGAACAUGCUAUUACAGUCUUCUGAUCGACUACCAGUUUACCUUCAGCCUCCUGCAGGAGGACGACCGCCACCACACUGCCAUCAACUUCAUAGCAAACCCAGAACAGUCUAACAAAAACCUGGAUAUUUCCAUUAAUGCCUCAAACAACUUUAAUCUCAACAUUACUUGGUCAGUUGGUUCAACAGAAUCAAUGAAAAACAUAUCCUCAGCUGGAACAAUAUCUGGGGAGGAGACCCCUAUAGUUUCCAAGACUAACGUGAAGGAAUACAGAGAUAGUUUUUCCUAUGAAAAAUUUAACUUCAGAAGCAAUCCUAACAUUACCUUCUAUGUGUACGUCAGCAACUUUUCCUGGCCUAUUAAGAUACAGAUUGCAUUUUCACAACACAAUACAAUCAUGGAUCUUGUGCAGUUCUUUGUCACCUUCUUCAGUUGUUUUUUGUCCUUAUUAUUGGUGGCUGCCGUGGUCUGGAAGAUCAAGCAGACGUGCUGGGCUUCUCGCCGGAGAGAGCAACUGCUUCGAGAACGACAGCAGAUGGCCAGCCGUCCCUUUGCUUCUGUGGACGUAGCCCUGGAAGUGGGAGCUGAGCAAGCAGACAUUCUGCGAGGGCCAUUAGAGGGGCCACCCAAACCCAUAGCCAUUGAACCGUGUGCUGGGAACAGAGCUGCUGUCCUGACUGUGUUCCUCUGCCUCCCGCGAGGAUCAUCAGGCGCCCCUCCCCCCGGACAGUCAGGCCUUGCAAUUGCCAGUGCCCUAGUAGAUAUUUCACAACAGAAGCCUUCGGAUAGCAAAGACAAGACGUCAGGCGUGCGGAACCGGAAACACCACCUCUCAACGCGCCAAGGAACUUGCGUCUGAGGAGCAGGGAGUCCUCCGGAUCCGUUGUGCUGUUUCACCUCUUACAUGGCUCCCCUAUGGCCUCGAGUUGUCUGCAGACAAAACUCCUCGUGGUCCCAGGACCCAAGUACAGUUCCCUCCAAGUGGGCAAUGACCCAAGUGGCCAAAGAAUGUUCACGAGUUUUCUAGAAGCAACAGUAUUGAAGGUCAUGGAUGAGAAAGUCAUUUUUUAUGACUCUCUUAGGCUUAUCCUAGAUAACUUUAAAUUUCUCUGGAAAAAAAAUGUAUAUUGUUUCUUAAUGCAGAUGAAAAAUAUGUAAUUCGUAUAAACCAAACUGUUUAUAUCCCAAGACAUUAAAGAAAGACAUUUUAUAAUGCCUGAA